AUGCAGAAGGCCGGGGCUGGUGGCCGGAGGGCCUCCGACUGUGGUCCUGCCCCUCAUAGGCCCAGGUGCAUCACCAAGUUUGCCCAGUAUGUGGGCUCCUUCCCCGUGGACGACCUGAACAUCCAGGAGAGUGUGUGGCUGGUACAGCAGCAGCUGUGGGCACUGAAGGACUGUCCCAGACGCCGGGCUGUCAUCCUGAAAUUCAGCCUUCAGGGCCUCAAGAUCUACAGCGGGGAGGGUGAGGUGCUCCUGAUGGCUCAUGCCCUGAGACGCAUACUCCACUCCACCUGGUGCCCGGCUGACUGCCAGUUUGCCUUCAUUGCCCGAAACCCGCGGAGCCCGGCCAGCAAGCUCUUCUGCCACCUCUUUGUGGGCAGCCAACCUGGAGAGGUCCAGAUCCUGCACCUGCUCCUCUGUCGCUCCUUCCAGCUGGCCUACCUCUUGCAGCACCCGGAGGAGCGGGCACAGCCGGAGCCUUGCCCAGGGCCUGCAGGGGAUGUGCCCCUGAAGCUACUGCGCAGCCCUCGGGGCCCCUUUGGCCUGGUACGGGAGCCCUUCAGCCGUGAUCAGCUUUCACAGAACGUUCAUGCACUGGUCUCCUUCCGGCGGCUGCCAGCAGAGGGGCCACCAGGCAGUAGGAAGGAACUGCUAGAGUUGGAAGGCCGUGGGGGCACCCGCCAUGCCCGCCUCGGGAAUCCCUACUGUUCGCCCACACUGGUUCGCAAGAAGGCCAUUCGCAGCAAAGUGAUCCGCUCGGGGGCCUACCGUGGCUGCACCUAUGAGACUCAGCUGCAGCUGUCAGCUCGGGAGGCCUUCCCUGCAGCGUGGGAGGCAUGGCCACGGGGUCCCAGCGGCUCCGCAUGCCUGGUGGAGAGCGAGGGCAGCUUAACCGAGAACAUCUGGGCCUUUGCUGGCAUCUCCAGGCCCUGUGCCCUGAAUCUGCUGCGGAGAGACGUGCUUGGGGCCUUCCUCCUCUGGCCCGAGCCGGGCGCCAUCGGCCAGUGGUGUCUGUCAGUGCGAACGCAGUGCGGCGUGGUGCCCCACCAAGUCUUCCGGAACCACCUGGGCCGCUACUGCGUGGAACAUUUGCCAGCCGAGUUCCCCAGCCUGGAGGCCCUGGUGGAGCACCACUCUGGCACAGAGCGCAGCCUCUUCUGCUCCCUGGACAUGGGCCAUCUGAACCCUGACUACGAGGAGCAGGACUGUGGGCCUGAGGGCAGGCUACCCCGGAUUCUCCGGCCCCUGGGCCAUGCCAAGUCUGAGGCAGAGCUGCAGGGCCUGGGCUAG